GCCUUCUUGCAGAGUCCGGUCAGCAACCAAGUUUCCACCCACGGCCAUGGGCGCCGGAGCCGGGCCGCUUGAAACGUCUGAGCCACGCAAAGGGCGAUGCGUGUGCCUCGGUGCCGCUUCGCGCUCUUCACGGAGGUCAGCCAGGAGGUGCCUGAGCUCGUCGCAGAUCCGCUGGCUUGGGCCUGCUUACAAGCUCCCGCGCUGGCGGAUUCCUGCCUGUCGCUAGGCGCCGGCGCCCUUCGGAUUCUUCCGCAACAAAGUGAGGUGCUUCUGCUCUUCGAGAAGGAGGACUUCUUUGCGGAGGAGCAUUUCCUCGACGUAGAGAAGGAGGCCCAGUUUUCGGCGCGCCUGGCGCAUGACUUUGCCGCCGACGGCGAGGGGCGGGACGGGCGACUGCUGGCGGGCAGCUCCUGGCUGGUCUUUGAGGCGCCUGAGGCGCUCAGGGCACAGGCAAAAGCGCGGCUCAGACUCGACGGAUCCUCGGGGCGCUUUUGCGCCAUCUUCUUUGAGCAGAAUCAGAGCAGCCUGCAGCGGGUCGUGGACGUGCUCUUGGAGGCGGGCCUCGACGUGCACUCCGUGGCGAGCAUGGAAGCCCGUGUGGCGGCGCAGGAUGUGGAGGACGGCGCCCAGUUUGUGGCGGAGAGCAUCUUGGCCACUGCCGAGGCGGCCGCGUGGGGCAUCCGAACCUUGGGCGAGGCCGUGACUCUGCUGCCCCAAAAUCAGCUGGAGGUGCCCUGCAGCGCCAAGGGCGUGGUGUCCUCUGCCAAAGACGUGACGCAGUCCGUGGCCUCGGCCGCGGAGAGCGUGGUGAAGCAGCUGGCGCCCAUGGGCCACGUCGGCUUUUUGGAGCAGCCGUGUACCUCGCAGAGGCCAGAGAAUGCUCGACUGGUGGGCCUUUCCUCCUUACGUGCCGCUCAAGGGGUGCUGCAGGCCUGCGAGGACGCCAGCGUCAUGGUGGUGUCUCGCAUGACCGAGACUGGCACGGGCGUGGUGAAGCACUUAUGCGGCCACGACGCGGGCGACGUCUUUCAGGAUGCGGCCAUCUCGCUCUCGUACAUCCUGGACGCACAUCGAUGCCUCUGCGGCCACAACCUGACGAUGCUGCCAGAAGCGGAGCUGAAGGUCUCAAAUGUGUCGCAGGAGGUGGAGGAAAGUGAUGAAGCAAGCGCUGAGCGCAACGCCGGCGCUCACUUUCUCUAGCUCUGUUCAAAAUCGCA